UCGGCAUAAAAGGAUUAAGUACAGAGGCGUGCGAGGGUUAUUCAAACCUACAACCGAUUUCAAUUAAAAAAGCAUUGGUAUGGAUGAAAGGCUGAAAGCAGUGCUUGCAGAAUUACGACGUAAAAGACAAUCACUAAGACAAAAUUUGCAGUCUCUUCCUUUCUGGCCAAACAUUUGCAGCAAGGUUCCCUGUGAACAUACCUAUGAGGAAGAUCAAAGAGAUCUAAAUAUGAAAACCCCAUCUUUUGAUAUUCCUGCUUCCAAUGAAUUUUUCUUCAGGGGAGAUGCUGAUCAAAUUUUUAAAGAUUCAGCACAUAAAGAAUCUUUACAUAAUAGUACUAUAGGUGAUCAUAGCUACCGCAGUUCUAACCAAAAAAGAAAAGCCACAGUGCCAAUUAAGUUUCUUGAUGCGUCAGACAGGGCAACAUUCAAGACUGUGUCAGAUCAUGAUUAUGUAGAUUUUCCCCAGUCUCCUGUUCACUUGUAUGAAAAGAAAGAGGUACAAGUUAAAACCAGAAGAAGAUCCAACUCAUCAUGCAGGAGCAGGCUAAGCAAAGUAGAGCCUACCAAAGAUAGUGGGGUGGCUGACUUUCAUGGAUUUAAGUUACCUUAUGUUCUAAGGGAAGAAGAAAAAUACUUUGUUCGUAAUCAUCUGCGCCAAGCUUUGAGCAAGUUUCGUAAUGUAACAUCAGCCCACUUUGGUGUUGCCUGUAACAGCAUGUUUAAAUCUGUUCAGUGUUUGCCAGAAGAAAAAGCAGCCAUUGCCCAGUUGUGUAAAGAUCUGAGUUUGAAUUACAGCAACUACAGUUGUCUGGUCAGUGAGAAUGAUGCUCAGAAGGUAUAUGAGUGGAUGAGAAAGGGGCUCUCAAUGAGUGGCACUCCACCAACACCAGACACAGAGAGUGGGGAAAGUAUGGAGUCUGUCGAGUCAUCCUUUCAAAAUCAGGACACUGACCAUCCUCCAUUGAAAUUUGUCAUUUUAGACAAAAAGGAAAUGAAGAAGAAAAAUGGUAGAACAGCUGGAGAGAGAAAAAAUAAACAGAGCUUAUCACAAAAGAAAAGGCAGAAUGCUCUUCCUCAGUUUAGAAAAAUCCUUCCCAAAGUUAAGAAAGAGGUGGAUGAGACUUCAACAUCAUGUUUGAUCUCAGGAGAAAAUGAGGAAAACCAGGAAGACAGCCCUAAAUUGUACAUAGCUGAUGAGAAAUCCAACUGUUUUGAUGAUGAAAUGGAAGAGGACAGAAAUGGAGAAGAUUCUGGAUUUUUGGAAACAGUAAAUACUGGUGCCUGUCCAUUUGCUGAUACUGAGGCAAGAAAUUCUGAGAAAGAUGAAAAGGAGACCAAGCCACCCCAGUGUGAGGUCCGUCCAGUGACAUUCUUAAGUCCUUUACCCAAUCCUAGUCCUGGAUAUAAUAUUACAUUUGGUGCCUCUUCAUAUUUAGAUGGAGUUCUGUAUGAAACACAGACAGACAGAUCUGAUGCCGGUUCAUUUGACUCUAAGGCCAAUGCAUACCCACACCACAGAGGUCCAGACACUCAGGCCAGUCUUGACCCAUCUGCAGCUUCAGCAUCUUUGAAAAAGUUGGAAGACACAGUCAACAAGCUGUCCACACAACCAGAAUGUAAAACUGUGUAUAAACAACAGAGCCUCAACACAACGGAUGCAGUGGAUGCCAAGGUGAAAGUCAUGGCUUCUCUGAAGGAAACACAGAUCAAACCAGAGAUAUCUGCAAAAGUGGCCAAGAUGAAAGCAUUGUUUUCACCUAAAAAGGAGAAGGUGAAAGGAAUAUCCUCUCCCAGGAUAACAAAGAGGAAAGAUAUGUCCUCUCCUAAAGGGGUCAAGGCAAAGGCAGUGCCAGGCUCUAGGGAGGCUAAAGUGAAACCAUUGGCUCCAGUUGUCACUGUAGUCAGGCCUGUGGAUGAGAGAAAAACGCUUCAGGAAGCUUUAGGUCCAACAAAUUCUGAAAGGAAAGGUGAGAUGUCCCUUCCUGCCACUUUGCCUGUGACGUCCUACUUGCCUGUGGAGUGUGUGUCUCCUUGCAGCAGCACAGUAGAAAGAGGUGUGCUCCAUGCCUACCUGUGCAAGCAUGCCCUGUCCUUAUGUAUACGCUGUGUGAUUUGCGAGAAAUUCUUCUCGUGGUAUGGUUUUUCACACCACAGCCAUGAGGGGGACCGUACAUGUGGCCAUGAUGUGGAGACUAGAGGAAGAAUACUGCUGGAUUCCAAGGAUGUCACCCCCAGGAUGCUGCAGUUGUGGGAGACUGUCCUGAAUAGGGUCAGGACCCAGCCUGUUAGCUCUUACCAGUCAGAUGUUAUAUCUAGACCAAAGGUGUCACCAAGAACAGCAGUGGGCAGUGCCCAGGGUUGUACUGGCCAAGUCCCUGAGCAAGACCAUAACAAAAAUCACAUGUCAUCUCAGCCACCAGUACCAGAACCAGAAUGCCCAUCCUCUGUCCAGUCAGUGAGCACUGACCGCAUGAUGAGACCAGGUGUUACAGGUCAUGAAGGACAAUUGCUGUGUCCAGUGCCAGUAGAUAUGGAAAGGAAUUCCUUGUUGAAAAAACAGUUGGUGGCGAAUGGUGGGGGAAUAGGUCAAGAAACAGUUCGUCCUUCUGGAUUCUUACGUAGAAGUGGAUAUCAAGGAUCACCACUUCAUCCUAACUCAAGAGUCUUUGGGUUCAAGAGUUCAUCUUUGCCUCACCAGUUUUCUUCUGUACCCGAGUCUCCGAGUGCCCGUGCAGUGAAUAUUGACACGAAAAAGCAAAAUCAGCCCAACUCCCAUUACUCAAGACAGUCUCCUUUGUUUGGUGGUCUGGCAAGACUCAAUGUAACAUCAGCGUCAGACCACAAUAACAAUUGUCCUGGAAAAACAACAACAGCAGCAGAAGUUCCAAAAGCAGCUGCAACCACAUUUGCCCAGUUUCAGCCCAAAAUUGACGUACCGGUCGGAGUUGUCACUUGUCAGCCUGCAGAUGACUCUGUAACUUCUGACACUGAUUUGAACAGAAUGAGAAGACAGUUAGGCUCACAUAGAUAUUUCAUUCACCAUCUCAUGGAGGAAAAUGAAUAUUUGAGAAAUAUGUUGAACCUUAAAACACAAGCCAACAAUGUGCUUUUGGCACAAAUGCAGAAUUUGAGAAUGCGUUUCCAUCGUGAUGUGGCACUGAGUAAGAAGGUAAUUAACUCCAUGUGUGGCUGGAAGAAGGCAGAUGAUGUCACCUUAGAUUCAGAUGACUGCCAGGCCGUGUAUGAUCAAGGUUUUAGAGUGAGCGGAUUGUAUAAGUUCCAGCCAUUUGGAGAAAACUAUGCAGAUGACGUGUAUUGUGAGAUGAUAGAAAACGAAGGUUGGACAGUAAUACAACGCAGACUCGACGGUUCUCAAGAUUUUGAUCGACAUUGGGUUGAGUACAAAUUCGGCUUCGGUAAUCCGUACGCCGAAUUUUGGAUGGGUAAUAAGAAAAUCCACUAUCUUACAAAUCAACGGAAGUACAAACUUCGGAUCGAGUUGUGGGAUUGGGAAGGCGGGAAAAAGUUUGCAGAAUACAAGUGGUUCUCAGUGGGAGACGAGCGGGAAAACUAUCCUCUGCACGUGCUUGGUUACCAUGGUGAUGCAGGCGAUUCCCUUAGUUACCAUGACCAGAUGGAAUUCAGUACUAAAGAUAUGGAUAAUGAUAAGUAUGAAGGAAAUUGCGCCGAGGUUAAUAAAGGGGGUUGGUGGUUUAAGAAUUGUUACGCAAGCAAUUUGAAUGGCGCAUACAAAAUGGGGUGGUACAUGUCAGAAGAACAGUCGCAAAGGUUAAAUAGAAACGCCGAAGGAAUUGUUUGGUAUGCUUUGAGAGGAUCCGAGCUUUAUUCUUUAAAAAAGGUCGAAAUGAAAGUAAGGCCCAGUGACUGAACAUAAUAUUAUUAAUACUGCAUGUUGAAAAAGUAUUUGACAGAUAGAUCAUAAGCGAGAUCAUAAACUAUUUCACAGUCGAUUGAAGGACUGGUAGACCCAGGAUACAAUUUUGUUGAAGGUAAGACAGUUAUACAACGCGGACUCGACGGUUCUCAAGAUUUUGAUCGACACUGGGUUGACACCCACCAUCGCUGUCAGUUAGUGGAAUUUUGCAAAGAAAAACACCCCCUUCUCUCUCUCUCUCUCUCUCUCUCUCUCUCUCUCUCUCUCUCUCUCUCUCUCAAUUUAGAUAUGUAUUUUGUUUUGGAAAACCGGGGUGUGCAUGAACAAGGCGUCCACUCAAAAUGAAAAGACAUUUCUUCUCUGCUGCAAUGUGCGGCUUUCUAUGCCCCUUCAGGGAUGACACGCAGCGAUAGGAUGAACGUUUGUACGUUUUCCGAUUAGAAAACCUCGAUACUCUAAAAAUCUCACUCUGUAUUAUAGCUUCUAACUUAUUACCGUUAUGAAUAAAGUAAUGAAGUACUUUACGGAAUAUCUAUUGUACUAUUUAGACACUGUCAACUGUAAGUUGAAUACUAGGUUUCAUAUUUGCCAAUUAAUUUCACAAUUACAAGUUCUAGGACAGCAAUAUCCAUACCUAAAAGGUUUUGACCUGUAGCGAUGCUAAUGCGUUCGUACACAUUAUAAGGUGCACGGAAUGAAAUUGAGCUUGAUACUGAUUAGGA